UCUGUCCGUCCGUCCGUCCGGCUGCGUCCGGCUGUCUCUCCUCUCGACGAGAGUAGAGGCGCAAGCGCGCGCGCGUGUCCCGGGCGGAGGAGGCCGCGGCCAGAUGCCCGACGGUGCCGAGGUCCCGGCGCCCCGACGUCGCGAGGACCGUGGCCGGUGCGGCCCACCGCACCCAUGAGGAACAGGCCUCUCGUCAUGUGCGUCACGACGCCCCUCAGCGCCAGCAAGAUGCUGAAGGAGGCGAGGCCCACGGGGAACUCCCAGCACCACCAGCCGCCGAGGCCCCAGCAGCACACUUCCAUCAUGAUGGUCCGCAUGAUCGGCGACGAGUUUCUCACCGAGGAGCGAGAUCGGAAGUACUACGCUGACCACUACACCUGCUGCCCGCCGCCUCUUUUCAUCAUCCUCAUUACGCUCGUAGAGAUAGUUAUGUUAGUUUAUGGAAAAAAUAGUGUAACCGAUUUAAAAGAUAAAUGGUGGCCAAUAGGAGUCAAGAAUGGCCACGACCAUCACUGCGAAAAUAUACGUCGCACAUGA